AUGACCGACUCCAUAACUGCAAAGCUACAAGCUUCAACACUCAACGAUGCUGCAGAUAACAGCGACUGGAAAAAGAGCUUGAAUAUCCCUGUCCGUGAUGGCAGACAGCAAACGGAGGACGUAACAAACACCAAAGGUCUGGAAUGGGAGGAUUUUUCGCUUAGGCGAGACCUUCUGAUGGGCAUUUUUGAAGCCGGCUACGAAAAGCCCUCGCCAAUUCAAGAAGAGGCCAUUCCCGUAGCCCUAACAGGCAGAGAUAUAUUGGCUCGAGCCAAAAAUGGCACCGGCAAGACCGCCGCUUUUGUGGUACCGACUUUGGAACGUAUCAACCCAAAAGUCAACAAGAUUCAAUGCCUGAUAUUAGUCCCGACCCGAGAAUUAGCCAUGCAAACAUCCCAGGUCUGUAAAACUCUUGGGAAACACCUUGGGGUCAACGUCAUGGUAACCACUGGCGGUACAACACUUCGCGAUGAUAUUGUCCGUUUGCAGGAUGCUGUCCACAUAGUGGUGGGCACUCCCGGCCGUAUCCUCGACUUGGCCGGGAAGGGAGUUGCGGACUUGAGUGAAUGUCCCAUGUUUAUCAUGGAUGAAGCGGAUAAGCUAUUGUCAAUUGAGUUCACUCCUGUCAUUGAACAGCUACUACAAUUUCAUCCCAAGGACCGCCAAGUUAUGUUAUUUUCCGCCACUUUCCCUUUGUCUGUCAAGGACUUUUCGGAUAAGAAUAUGUCGAAGCCGUAUGAGAUCAAUCUAAUGGACGAACUGACCCUCCGUGGUAUUACCCAAUACUACGCUUUUGUGGAAGAGAAAUCGAAAGUCCACUGCCUAAAUACGCUGUUCUCCAAGCUUCAGAUUAACCAGUCGAUCAUCUUCUGCAACUCUACGAACCGUGUCGAACUGCUUGCGAAGAAAAUCACGGAGCUAGGCUAUUCGUGCUUUUACAGCCAUGCCAAGAUGGCCCAGCACGCUCGGAACCGCGUUUUUCACGAUUUCCGCAAUGGCGUUUGCCGCAAUUUGGUCUGCUCAGAUCUACUCACCCGCGGCAUUGAUAUCCAAGCCGUAAACGUCGUCAUCAACUUCGAUUUCCCCAAGAAUGCCGAAACAUACCUGCAUCGUAUUGGACGCUCUGGCCGAUAUGGUCAUCUCGGUCUGGCAAUCAACCUAAUAAACUGGGAGGACCGAUAUAAUCUGUAUAAUAUUGAAAAAGAUCUGGGCACAGAGAUUCAACCCAUUCCACCCACCAUUGACAAGGCCUUGUACGUUUACGAAAACCCAGAGAACAUCCCUCGCCCAGUGAACACAUAUGGCCCGAAACAGCCUCCAGCCAAUAAAAUCCAACACGGCGAGACUUCGACACAGACUGCUCAACAAAACACCCCCAACCCGCCUCAAGGAAGAGGGCAGGGUGAAUUUCGGCAGCAGUCUAACCGUGGGGGUCGGUUCGAUCGAUAUGACGAUUCCGUGCCACCCCGUCAAUAUCAAAACAAUCGGGGCGGCAAUCGGGGCGGCCGUGGCCGUGGUCGAGGCUUCCAGCACUUUAGCGGUCGCGGUGGCGGUCGUGGUCAGCCCCAACCUCCACAGCAAGCCUAG